CGUCAUUUUGCUAUCUAUCGUGUCGGCCGCAGAAGGAACAACAAAAAGGAUAAAUCAUAACAAAGCGAUAGCAAGCCAACUUGUAUGUACAAAAAAAAAGUAGUAAACGGCAAAAGUAGAAUCGUCGUGGCAAGAGACCUCGUCGGGUGGUCCUCUCGAAGGAACAAUUAAAUUACAUCCUGAAAAAUUCAAGUGGUCAAAGGGGCUGUUGUGCCCUAAAGUGAUUAAUAAAAAAAUACAAAAAGCAAAAGAAAAGUUUAUCCAGUUGGAAAAAGUAGUCAUCAUUCAUAGCCAUAAUUGGAAAAAGAAAAGAAAAAGGAAGAAGUGUAAGAUAAGCGUAGACAAAGCAGUGAAAAAUUAAACAAAAUAUAUCCAUUUUCAUUCGAAAUUGUGUUUACAACGUGCAGAAGUUUUUAAUCAUCGCUAGCUUGUGAACUAUGUCCAAAGUUUUAAUGCCAAUGGCCCAUACAACAAAUAACAAUAAUAACAAUAACAACAACAACAAUUUAAUAAUGUCCUCGCAAACAAAAACAUCCAAAGAACAACAAAAUCUACAAAGUACAACCAACAACCGCUACAACAACUCUAACCAACAUAGCAGCAGCAAGUAUAGCAUCACCACGCCCUUAGAGGCUAAUCAGCAGCAGCACCUUCACCAUCAUCAGACAUCCUACUCCUCCUCCGAUAGUUCGACCAUUACCAAUUCUGUGCCACAAUCCCCUACACAAAUGCUGGAUUUCGAUGAUUUCACUUCGACCAGCAGCAUUAUGGAAUUCUUGAAACAAGAGCAAAAGUGUACGGGAGAUGGCUUAUCGAAUGGUCAUGACUCCGAGGUGGACGUCGAAAGCAUUUUCCAAGAAGUCAGUCGUUUGGCGGACAAUUCAGAUAAUCGCAGUGUUGAGGAGCUACUGCGUGAAGCUGAACUGUUGCUGCAACAUCAAAAUUUCAUGGGAAAUAUGCGACAGCCCGAGAGCAAGACUAUGACCAAGGCUAACAAUUCAACACCCAAUAAGAUGCCAGUAAAUAAAACACUUGCUCCCGUAAUGGUGAUGACUACCACCAUACAGAUGAAUAGCAAGUACACCAAAAGCAUUGAGAAUGUGCCUCCACGCGAUGCAUUGAUUAAACUUAUCAAUGGCUAUGCACCAGCCUCCACGCCCUUGGAUGAUUGCAGUCCACCGCUAAUGACGCCAGAGACACCCACUGUUACCUAUUCAUUAUCUGAUAUGGGAGGAGUUGGCGGAGAUGGUGGUGACAAUACCUUUAAUAAUUUUGUUAAUAACAUUGCCACCGCAUCGGUAAUAUCCGAGGAGAGUCCUUUGGUAGAGAUGCCCGAUGAAAAUACGGCGACCCUAAAUCAAUGUUCUUCGAAUGACAAUACCACAAAGGAUAUAACAACCAAACAUAUGUUGGAUGGCGAUGAUGACACGGACGAUGGAACAGAUACGAUUGAAGAAAUUACCGAAGCCAUGGAAACAAUCGAAUUAAUAGUCCACGAUGAAGAUGAAGACGAAAACAUUGAUGUUAAUGUUGACCAUGGCGUUGUUGAUUAUGAUGAUAAUGGCGAAACCAGCAAGCGUCCAGAACUCCAAGAACGCCAAUUUGUGGGAAAGCUACCGCCGUCUUUGAAUGCCAAUCAUGAAGCGAAUCCCCACACAGCUGCCAACAGUGAUUCCCUGAACUUAACCAAUUCCACAUUCUCCUCCAUGUCAUCGAUAAACUCAUCACGUACCGCCAUGGAUCAACAGGCACUCCAUUCCGCUAAUGAAACACAGCAACGCAAUAAUGACAAUGGUGCCAAAGGUGCCAGGCGACCAAGCUGUGAAAUUAGCCACAAUUCGCCACAGUCACAUUCAUUGCAAAAGCAGACAACCGCCUCUUCGCCAAACCUCUUGGCCAGCCCCACACAACGUUUGGCAGCGAGCACCCAAGCUUCCACCGCCGCCGUCAUGGAGCGUUGUAAUUCCGGUAGUUAUCUGGGGCGCCGAUCAUCGAUGACUACUCCCGAUAGUGGUGUUAGCAGCCAAGCAUAUUUGUUGACUAGCACCUGUAGUGCCAGCGUUGCCCUCUCCUCACAACGUUCAGCCAGUCCGAAUGUUAAAUCGAUUGGCAUUGGCACCACAUCACGUUUGUAUUGUGACAAAUCGGUUAAUUCAUCACCGGUACAUGUGGUCUCCAUCAUGACUUCGCCCAUCAAUGAACAAGCCCCUGCGCUCACCACCUCUGCCUCGCAUCAUUCGUUAAGCCGCGAACAUGCCCUCAAAUUGGAGAUAGAACAACUGCAGGAACGUCUCAAAGACACCGAGGAACGUUUAGAAUCUUUCCGCAUACAACAUGACACCGUUUCGCAGCUGCAUCGCAAACUGAGGGAGAGCAAUACCCAACUGCAGGAAGAAUCGGAAAUGUUGAAAUUGGAUGUUCAACAUUUGAAUGAAUGUGCCAAUGUUUUGAGAACUGAAUUGCAGGCAGCUCGCAAUGAUCGCGAUGAGGCUUUAGAACUGCAAAAGGUCCUGCAAACCGAACUGGAGGAGACAAGAGCCGAAAGAAAACGAGCUCUGGAAAUGAAGGAGAAGGAUGUUAAGACCAUACAAGACUUGCAGCGACAAUGUAGGGAAAUGGAGAGAAUAUUGAUGCGGAAACAUCCGGAUUCAGUAUCGGCUUUAAUAGUGGCUUCGAAAGGUGGUGGAAUGUCCAGCAGUGAUCAAGAGAAUCGCAAUAGUCGAAAACUAUUGGAACAACGUAUUGCCCAAUUGGAAGCAGAUGCCAAAGAACAAGACUUUAAAGCUCAACAAAUACUUGCCAAUGUACAGGCACGUUUUAACUCCGUACAGGCCAAAUAUGAGACGCACAUUGCCGAUUUGGAAACUCAAGUGUUAAGCCUUCAAGAAAUCAAUACCAAACUAAAUGAGAAAAUCGAAUCGCAAGUUCGUACCCUGGACUAUUUCGUUUCCAAGAAGGCUGAAAAGUUCUACAAUAACUGCACACAAACCGAAGAGCCAUAUAUUCAGCCUGCUCCUGUUCCCGUUACGCCAGCGCCAGUUGCUAGCACCACCAAGGUGAGGAAGAUACCACGCAAAACUAUUGGUAUUCAAACUCUUGCAUCGUGCACACGUGAAAGUAGUACCAAUACAAUUGGAAGUUCUACACAGCCGCUCUCGGCUAGCUCUAGCACCAGCAGCACGGCCAAUUCUACACCCAAUAAUUCACGACCCAAUUCCAAACAGAGUGGUAUACGAAAACCCAUGGCUACAGCUUUGGGAAAUCAUCUAUCUUCAGCAAUAGCCUCCAAAUUACCUGUCUCCCAAUCAGAUUCAACCAUUUCCCUGAUGGCUGCCCAGGCCGCUUUGAAUGCCAAAGAAGAUGCCCACUUGUUGGCCACCAUACGUGGCAUGCGUGUCGAUUUGGCCAUUAAGAAUAAGGCAAUGCAACGCUUGACUCGCGAAUUGGAUGAAUGCAAAAAGACAAUAAAGAAGAUACAAAAGGAGAAAGAUGCAUUCAAAAAUGACAAGCAUCACAGCACUGCCGCCUCCGCUUCUUGCAGUUCUUCUUCGAAAUCAAAUAUGGAUCACAUGCCUGCCACAACGGAAUCUCAAGCUUUAAAAGAAGCCCUCAGCAAAUACAAGCUCUUGGAAGCCGACUACAAAUCAUUGCAUGAUAAACGUUUACAAGAUCUGAAAACCCUACAAACUGCCCAUGAACGUGAACUGGCAACAUGUCACGAAACCGUGCGUCUCUUACAGCAACGUCUCAACGAACGUGAUGAACAAUUUGCUAUGCAAAAACGUCGUAAAAUACCCGUGGACUAUUAUGCACUCAAAGCCAAGGUAUCUUCCCUGGAGAGAAGACAUACAGAACGUGAAGAACGUCUUCACAUGUUGGUAGAAGCCCUAAGCAAGGGCCGUUUAAAUGGCGCUUUAGAUGAUCUACUGGGCGACAACAAUAAUGAAUGAGAGAUUAAUGUUAAGAUCAAAGUCGAGGGACUUGAUAAAAAGAAUUUACAAAAUAUUUUAAUAAAUUGUUUUAUUAAGAGUUUUAGAAAAUUUCAACAAUAUACUCGUACUUAAGUGUAGAUUGCGUUACUUCUAAACAAAAAGAAAAUUUUUCUUUUGUAAAAAUUUUAGCAGAAAAUCUUAACUCGCAAAACUUAAGGAAUUUUUGUGUUGACACAUAAUUUUUUCAAAAUAAUUUUUUUUUUAUAUUAAGUCAAAAACAAAAUCACAAAAGCAGAGAAAUUGGCAGAUAAAAACCAACUUUGCAAAAGUUAUAUUUACAAAAAAAGAAUAUGGACUGAAUUUUAAGAUUAAAUAUGUAAACAUUCUCAUACCAACUUUAAUUGUUAUGAUCAUUGAAUAUAAUGAUUAUGUGUAAUGUAAUUUUAAUUAUUUUUUGUUUUUUUUUUCAAUUAAAGAGUUUUAAAUUUUCCAUAACAGAAAAUAUACAUAGAAUUAUUUAAAGAUAUUCUUGAGAAACAAAGAAAAUAUAUUUUCUACAAACCAAAGCGAAACAAGAAACUGAAACGUCCCUUUGUCAAGGAAUACAACUAAAAGGCCAUAAUCAUAUUUUGCCCAAGCCAUAUUGGCAAAGCAAAUUUGAUUAACAGAUAACCAAAAACCGUUCGUUCAGUUUCCUUCCAAAUACAAUUUUUCCACAAAGAUAAUAUACAUACAGCAUACAUUUAUAUAUGGAACUAACAUAAAAAUACAACAAGAAACCGAAGAAAAUAGAAUUUUAAACAUAACAAAACUUAACCACUUAACAGUACAGUUUGACUAUUGAGUUGAUUAUAAUAUCCGUAGUUUAUAUAAAUAAGCAGUUUUAAUGGAAAUCUUUAAUCUUUUUCUUUCUAAUUGGAUGGUUGGAUAUAGUUCUAAUAUUAAUGGUAUACUUACUUGUAUUCUAUGUUUAUGUUAUUUCUAUUCGACUUAUGUUUUACUUAAA